GCUGUUCCCAGGACUGCGCUCUUCUGGACAGAGAUCUCCGAUGUUGUUCCCGGGAUCUGCUGGAGCCACUCGCCUAGCUUAGGAGUCACUGAUCCGUGCAAUUAUAUAUACAGGAUCUCACAAAAGGAUCAGGGAUGACGUCAGAGGACCUGUUAAGUACUCUGGAGGAUUUGGGAGAUGAAGAGUUUAACAAAUUCAAGUGGCUCCUACAUCAAGCUGACGUCCUUCAAAGCUUCCCAACCAUCAAAAAGAGUCGAUUGGAGACAACAAACAGGUGGGACACUGUCGACCUGAUGGUGCAAACCUACAGGCUUCCUGGAGCUGUGGAGGUGGCUAAGAAGAUUUUAGAGAGGAUAAGCAGGAAUGACCUGCUGCAGAGUCUGUGUGCCAGCAGCUCAGGACGAGAAGCGGACGUCAGCAACUGUGGGGAGACUUCACAGAAGAGAGGAUUUCCUCAGACUGAAGAUGUGAUGGUUCCAGUACCAGAGCCUCACCCCAUCACAUCUUACCAACAGAUGCUUCAAUCAAACUUCCAGGACAAGUUUAUGUGCGCACAAGAAGGUUGGGCAGAAGAUAAACAGUGUCUGGCAGAUAUCUACACAGAGCUGUACAUCACAGCUGGGUAUGAUGUACAUAUCAACACACAGCAUGAGGUUUGGCAGAUUGAAAAGGCAUGGAAGCCAGCAGAGCCAGAGAAACCUAUUAGACCCACAGACAUGUUCAAACAUCCCUCUGGAAAAUACAGACCCAUCAAAACAGUGAUGACCAAUGGAAUCGCAGGAAUUGGAAAAACUUUCCUUGUUCACAAGUUUGUUUUGGACUGGGCUGAACAAAGAUCCAAUCAAGAUGUGCAUCUGGUUUUCCCCUUCACCUUCCGUCAGCUGAAUCCUCUGAAGGGAGAAAAGUUCAGUUUGGCAGAGCUCAUUCAUGAAUGCAUCCCAGAAACUGUAGGCAUCCCACAGGAGGCUCUUAAUUACAUCUUUACAGAUGUUCAGUCAUCAGGAAUCACCAACUAUGACAAGAGUAAAUUCAAACUUCUGUUUGUGUUUGAUGGGCUGGAUGAGAGCCGCCUUCAUCUCGACCUUCAUUCUGAAGCCAUUCGCUCUGUCGAUGUAACAAAGGCAACUAAAACAGAUGUCCUGCUGAGGAAACUCAUCAAUGGGAAAUUGCUACGCUCUGCUCGCAUCUGGGUAACCACACGGCCUGCAGCGGCCAAUCAGAUCCCUCGAGAGUUUAUCAGCAGUACAACAGAGGUCAGGGGGUUCACAGACCCACAGAAAGAGGAGUACUUCAGGAAGAGAUUCAAAGGUAAGGAGGAGGCUGACAAACUCAUCUCCCAUAUCAAAACAACAGGAAGCCUCCACAUCAUGUGCCACAUCCCAGUCUUCUGCUGGAUCACUGCUACAGUUCUGGAGGAUGUGUUGAAAACCAGAGAGGGAGGAGAGCUGCCCAAGACUCUGACUGAGAUGUACGCAGAGUUCCUGGUGUUUCAGAUUGAUCGGACAAAAGAAAAGUAUGGCCCAGAGAAGAGCAUUCAAUACAUUAAGUCAUUAGCAAAACUGGCCUUUGAGCAGCUGGAAAAGGGCAACCUGAUCUUCUAUGAGAAGGAUCUGAGACAGAGCGGCAUUGAUUUCAGCGAAGCCUCGGUGUGCUCAGGAGUGUUCACAGAGAUCUUCAAAGAAGAUCGAGGAAGGAAAGGGAAAGACAAGAUGUUCAGCUUCGUCCAUUUGAGCGUUCAGGAGUUUCUGGCUGCUCUUUAUGUGAGGAUGUCGCUUAAUAACAGUAACAUAAAUGUGAUGCCUUUACCACAGCCCUCAAUGCGCAAUCUUCAACUGCUUUUAAGUAAAACAUCUUCAAAGAAGAUCCACAGGAUUUCCAUUGACAGGGCCUUACAGAGUCCAAACGGACAUCUGGACUUGUUCCUUCGCUUCCUCUUGGGUCUUUCACUGCAGACCAAUCAGGAUAAACUACAGGACCUGCUAAUGAAAAUAGACAGUAGUUCAGAGACCACUCAGAAAACAGUCCAAUACAUCAAGAAGAAAAUCAGUGAGAAUGUGUCUGCAGAGAGGAGCAUUAAUCUGUUCCACUGUUUGAACGAACUGAAGGACUGUUCUCUAGUGGAGGAGAUCCAACAGUAUCUGAGUUCUGGACGUCUGUCCACAGAUAUACUCACUCCAGCUCAGUGGUCAGCUCUGGGCUUCAUCUUACUAUCAUCAGAAGAAGAUCUAGAUGUGUUUGACCUGAAGAAAUACUCUCCUUCAGAGGAAGCUCUUCUCAGGUUACUUCCAGUGGUGAAAGCCUCCAAAAAAGUUCUGUUGAGUGGCUGUAAUCUGUCAAAAAGAAGCUGUGAAGCUCUGUCCUCAGUUGUCAGCUCACCGUCAUCUAAUCUGAGAGAGUUGGACCUGAGUAACAAUGACCUAGAAGAUUCAGGAGUUAAACUCCUUUCUGCCGGACUGGCAAGUCUACAGUGUAGACUGGAAAUUCUCAGGCUGUCCGGCUGUAUCGUCACAGAGGAAGGCUGUACUUAUUUAGCUUCAGCUCUAAAAUCCAACCACUUCCAUUUGCGAGAACUGGACCUGAGCUACAAUGUUCUGGACGACUCAUCAGUAAAGCUGUUCUCCGCUGGAGUGGAGGACUCAGACUGG